GAGUAAGAAGGACCCAACCCCUCAGCUCACCCCAGUAAAACAAGCAGGGUAAUGACAGUGCGGGGUAUGCAGAAUUUUGCCCAGUCACUCGGUCCAGCUUAUUUGGCUUGACGACCCUGAUUCAGAGCUGUGUUGAAACGCACCAGAAUAAUCGCUUCGACGAAAAUAACGUUAUACCUUGCGGUCUAGGCAGCUAGCUUGUGCACUGUUCUUGCUAAACUUCAACGUUUCAGAAAUGGCCACAGCUGGAACAGUUCAUUCAGGUCCAGCGAGUUCCACUGGAGGCUCAACUGGGACUUGGAAGAUGGCUUCUUUAGAGGGUCUAGGGUCCUCAAGCUCAUCUCAAACUAUAAAGAAGACUAUUGGCCACCGGGGGCUUGACCCCACUGGGGAGACCACCUACAAGAAGACUACCUCGUCUGCCCUGAAAGGUGCCAUCCAGUUGGGCAUCACACACACAGUGGGCAGCCUGAGCCAGAAACCUGAGAGAGAUGUACUCAUGCAGGACUUUGAAGUGGUGGAAAGCAUCUUUUUCCCCAGUGAGGGCAGUAACCUGACCCCAGCCCACCACUACAGUGACUUCAGGUUCAAGACCUACGCUCCCAUCGCCUUCCGCUACUUCAGGGAGAUGUUUGGUAUCCGACCAGACGAUUACCUGUGCUCGCUGUGUAACGAGGAACUGAUUGAGCUGUCCAACUCUGGAGCCAGUGGAUCUUUGUUCUACGUCUCCAGUGAUGACGAGUUCAUCAUUAAGACUGUGCAGCACAAAGAGGCUGAGUUCUUACAGAAACUAUUGCCUGGCUACUUCAUGAACCUGAACCAGAACAAGCGAACCUUGCUGCCAAAGUUCUACGGUCUCUACUGCAUCCAGGCGGGGGGAAAGAACAUCCGCAUUGCUGUCAUGAACAACUUGCUCCCGCGCGCCGUGCGCAUGCACCUCAAGUACGACAUGAAGGGCUCCACCUAUAAAAGACGAGCCUCGGCCAAGGAGCGAGAAAGGGCUGUGCCCACGUUCAAGGAUCUGGACUUUAUCCAGGACCUUCCCGACGGUCUUCUGCUGGAACCAGACAACUACAACGCCCUCAGCAAGACCAUCCAGAGAGACUGCCUGCUGCUACAGAGCUUUAAGAUCAUGGACUACAGCAUGCUGGUGGGGAUCCACAACCUGGAGCAGGCGGCCCGGGAGCGGGCUGGAGAGGAGGCGGCCGACCAGAGGCCGCCACCGUCGCAGGGCCAGAAGUCCCUCUACUGCACUGCCAUAGAGGCCAUCCAAGGAGAGGCGCACGGCAAGGGAGCAUUGGACACUGAGGACAACAUGGGAGGUAUUCCGGCACGCAAUUCCAAGGGCAAGAGGAUGCUGGUGUACAUUGGCAUAAUCGACAUUCUGCAGUCCUACAGGUUUGUGAAGAAGAUCGAGCACUCCUGGAAAGCUCUGGUCCAUGACGGGGAUACAGUGUCAGUGCACAGACCAGGUUUCUACGCAGACCGCUUUCAGAAAUUCAUGUGCAAUACAGUCUUCAAGAAGAUUCCAUUGAAGACAUCCCCAUCAAAGAAGAGCCGAGUGGGGACCCAGGGAGGCUUACGGAGGGCCAACACUGCAAGCGCCAGACCCUUUCCAUUCCCCCAGCCCAGCAGUAGCAGCAGCCUAGGAGGCCCACACUCCCAAAGUACAGAGACUGAGGGAGUCAGCGUGGUGCAGUCAGGGCGCCCUGACAUACCACCAAAUACCCCCACACACGAUGUUGUCACCAGGAACUCUGUUGAAUCAACCCUCUUCAAUUACUUGUUGGGAAGCUCGACGCUCGCUACCACAGCUCCCUCCGUCAGGUCUGUGGGAGAGGAGGUCCAUGAGGCAGCCAGUACAGAGCAGGACGCUAGCACCCCCAAAAGUUUUGAAGGAGUGACCUCAGUGUCAUCAGUUGACGAGUGCAUCGGUGGCUGUGACGUCAUCUCACUCAGUGACAUAGUUCCUCAGACAAGCAGCUGUUAUGUAAGUAUGCGAUACGUCAACCGGUCAAUACCUCAACCUAACAAUGAAAAUAUUCAAUACCUUAACCCUGGGGUGUCAAACUCAUUCCUUGAAUGGCCUAGUGCAGUGGUCACCAACCUUUUCUGAGUCAAGAUCACUUCCGCAGUCAAAAAGCAAGCUGAGAUCUACUGCUCAGAUUUUUUUUUACAUUCACCUGACAAACAGUUUUGUAGGAAUGAGGUUUGGGCAGUAGGCCUAAUACAUUAUCACAGCAUAUUAGCUAUGUGAUUGGCCUGCCAAUAUUGUUAAUCAGACCAUAUUUCAAAACUGGAGCUUUGAUAAGAGAAUAGAUCAGUUGGUUUAGCACUUGUGAGGCACUGUGGAGCAUGAAUUGAAGUUAGCUUUUUUAUUUGACUGGACUGAUGGUACCUGCAUCUGAUGGUCAGCAAGGUAAAAUCACGACGUCAGGGAUCUUAAGGUCGAAGUCGGAGCUCUAGAAAGAUGCCAGAGUUUGACUUGGAAUUCCGAGUUGGAUGACCGUUCAAAACGAUUUUUCCCAACUGCUCUCUUUCCUUUCCUCUGGUGAGACUGACCAGAGUGAGGACACCGUCUUCCACCUGAUGGCGAAACUCGAGUCGCACCGCAUCUGACUCAUGCACAAAUUCAUGUUGUUCCUAUGACCAGAGAAAGUUACAUAUUCCUUAAUACAGCAGCGCUUUGCUGUAUUUGUUGACAGUCUCUGUGGUAAUGGGUUUUUAAAGUUAUUACAUUUAACGUAGGCUAGUAGCCUAUUAAACUUGGCUGUGGCCAGGGUCAUGGAAGCUCUGUAGCCAUGGUGAUUUGAGCUAUCUGAUUGGGCAGCGCAGUAGGUGCACUCUUUGCCGGGUAGGCGGAGUUUGUCUCAUGGGAACACCCUGCUUACCCGGUGCACAGGACUUUUGAAUCAAGUGCACCUACCGGCAACAGCUCAUCUGGCAGAUUUUUAUUUUUUUAUUUUCCCAUGAUGUCAAGCAAAGAGGCACUGAGUUUGAAGUUAGGCCUUGAAAUACAUCCACAGGUACACCUCCAAUUGACUCAGGCUAAUUGACAUCAUUUAUCAGAAGCUUCUAAAGCCAUGACAUUAAUUUCUGGAAUUUUC